GCGGAUGUACGCGUGGAGCCUGGUCCAUCAGCCAGAGAGCCAGCGGAGACAGAGAGUAGCAGGGCAAGCCGAGUGAGAUAACACAAGGGGUGUCUAGAGCAUCGAAUCGCUUGCAUCGAACCAUCACAGAUCCAUCAAGAUGAAUCACAGCUCCAAUGACAAAGAACCUGAAACCAUAGAGCCUCUCCAUUAUCUCAGUAAAACAGAGGUGGCGACCAUCGAGACAGAGCUCCUGAGGGACUAUCGCUUUGGGCAGCAGCAGUUGAUUGAAAUAUGGGGUCAUGCUUGCGCCGUUGCCAUCACUAAGGCUUUUCCCUUGAGCUCCUUAAGUAAAAAGCAGCCCACCCUGCUGGUUGUUUGUGGCCCUGAGCAGAACGGCUCCAUCGGUCUGGUGUGUGCCCGCCAUCUGCGCAUAUUUGAAUACGAGCCCACUAUUUUCUAUCCAAAGCGUUCGACUCAGAGUUUGCACCAGGACUUCACCAUUCAGUGCGAGAAAAUGGACAUCCCAUUUCUUUCCUAUCUUCCAACGGAGGUCCAGCUGUUAAACGAUGCCUACAAUCUGGUGAUCGAUGCCAUCAUGGGACCAGAAGCUGACCACAAUGAUGUAAAAGAGCCUUAUGCUGGGAUGCUGGUGACAUUGAAACAGGUCAAAGUCCCCAUCGUUAGUGUGGACGUGCCCUCAGGUUGGGAUGCGGAUGAACCGGACAAAGAUGGAAUCAAUCCAGAAGUUCUCGUCUCCCUGACAGCCCCCAAAAAGUGCGCAACAGGUUUCUCGGGAAAGCAUUUUCUGGCAGGACGAUUCCUGCCCUAUGACAUUCAGAAAAAAUAUGAACUGAAUCUGCCAGAAUUUCCAGGCACGGAUUGCGUUAUACAACUGUAGCGGAUUAUAAUAAACCUGUAUUUUGGAUAAAAA